GGUGCCCGCCGCUGCCGGUCGUCUCAGCCGCCGAGGUCUGGACCCUCGGGGUGGGGUCGGCCGGGGGGACUGCCUGGUGGAGGCGGCGCUCCCGGGGCGGAGCUGCCUCGAGCCCCGCCCUGCGGACCCGUCCCCAGUCCAUCCCUCAGCCCCGGCUGGGUUUUGCACCGUGCGGGUAGAGCUGCCGGCGCAUCGGGGCCAUGGACACCCCCGGCGCCCCGGCCCGACCCGCAGCCCCCGGCCCGGGCAGAAAGGAGCUGAAGAUCGUGAUCGUGGGCGACGGCGGAUGCGGCAAAACCUCCCUACUCAUGGUGUACAGCCAGGGCGCCUUCCCCGAGAACUACGCACCGUCAGUGUUCGAAAAGUACACAGCCAGCGUGACUGUGGGCAGUAAGGAGGUGGUCCUGAACCUGUAUGACACGGCAGGGCAGGAGGACUAUGACCGGCUGAGGCCCCUGUCUUACCAGAAUACCCACCUUGUGCUGAUCUGCUAUGAUGUCAUGAACCCCACCAGCUACGACAACGUCCUCAUCAAGUGGUUCCCUGAGGUCACGCACUUCUGCCGCGGGACCCCCAUGGUGCUCAUCGGCUGUAAGACAGAUCUGCGGAAAGAUAAGGAGCAACUACGCAAGCUCCGUGCUGCCCAGCUGGAGCCCAUCACCUAUUCCCAGGGCCUGAGCGCCUGUGAGCAGAUCCGUGCGGCCCUCUAUCUGGAGUGCUCAGCCAAGUUCCGGGAGAACGUGGAGAACGUCUUCCGGGAGGCCGCCAAGGUGGCCCUCAGUGCACUCAAGAAAGCUCAGCGGCACAAACAGCGCCGGCUCUGCCUACUGCUCUGACAGCCUCCUGGGGGGCCGCUGGGAGAACAUUCUGGAAUGCUCUCCUUCCCUGUGGAGCCCAACAGUGAUGACUGAGGGUGUGGGCCAGGAGCCCAUGCUCAUCCCAGGACUGUGGCCUCCUCACAGCCUCCUGUGCGUGCUCCCAGGCCUCUGCCUGCUGGGCUCUCCAGAUAGCCUCGGCCGCAUCCUCCAGCCACUUCCUUCUCUUCCCCAGGAACCUGGGGCCUAUCAGGGAGACACAGACAUUGUCCAGUCCUGCUCCUCUGCCCACCCUGUGAGAGAUGUCAGCCUCCGGUUCUGCUUGGCCACUGUCUCCACAGCCGGGAAGAGGGACUGUGGGCAAAGGCCAGCGUGUACCCUGAAGCCAAGCUGACCUCUCUCUGCCCAGGAUCCCCUCGUCCCCUGCCACAAGGCAGCAGGGUGCCCCACCUCCACCUCCUAAGCCCAUCUCUGCCAAGGAGCAAGUCGAGAGCGGCCACUGCCCUGUGCACGAGACGGUUAUUCAUGUCCAGCACCUGGACUGCCUGUGUCUGCCACAGCCGCCUUCAGAAGCCUGACCCUCCUUCUAGCAGGUCUGGGCUCAGGAGUCCAGGACUUUUUUUUUUUUUUUUUUAACUUAUUUAUUUGAAAGUCAGAGACCUUCUCUCUGCUGGUUUAUGCUCCAAACACCACCUGCAACUGCCAGGGCUGGAAACCCAGGUCUCCCACAGGGGGCCACAGGGACUCCAUCAGCAGGAACAGGUGUGGGCCCAGCGUGGAAGCCAGGCAGCUCAGCCAGCACACUGGACGCCCGCGCUCAGGGAUCCGGUGGUCACAACGCCCCCUUGCCUCUGGAGGGUCUGGGAACUGGCAUUGCCCAGGAUGGCACUGGGGCCUGCCGUCCCACCUCCAGCCUAAACUCCCUGGCCCAGCACCCCCACGCAGCCUGGGACCCACCCCCUCACCCCACCUGGGCCUUGAGGAAUCCUUGUUCUCCCAGGGUGGUUCAGGGUGGGGGGCCGGUACACGGCAGCCUCUGCCAGUCUGUAAAUAAAGCUUUGUUUACGCCCA